AUGAGUAAUGAGCCUGACCAAAUCAUUCCUAUGUGGGUAAUGCUCCCAAAUUUACCUAUCCAAUUUUGGACUACUGGAAAUUUGGACAGAAUAGCCAGCUGUCUAGGGAGACCAAUCUUCACUGAUAAGCUUACAGCACAGGAAGAUAGAAUUUCUUGUGUUAGGAUGGUAAUUGAAAUGGACAUAUCCCAACCAUUGCUAGACGCAAUUCCAUUAGAGAUGCCCAAUGGGCAAUGUCUAAUGCAGGUUGUGGAAUAUAAAUGGAAACCUCUAUUUUGUCAAGACUGUCUUCAAAUGGGACAUGUCACAUGCAGCUGUAAGAAGGCACCAGAUGAUGCUGGUAACCUGGAGCAGCAGCAAGUGAACAAGGGGAGGAAACACCAAAAGAAGGAGUGGAGGGCCAAAUCUGAUCCUAUCCCAAACAAGGAUGUGGGGAAUGUACAGAUACUGGUAUCAAAAGCUGAGCAACCUAAUAGCUCAAAUGAUGCUGCCAAUCUAAUCACAACUGGCCAACAAUAUGAAGAUAUGCCUAUGGAGAAAGCAAACAAUACUGAUAGAGGAAAGCAACUAAUGCAGAUGCCAGAGAUACAAGAUAAGAUACGGGCAAGUAUUGAAAUGGAAAGGAUGCUAAGACAUAACAAGUUCAGUGCCUUAAGAAUAGAUACAGAGAAAACCACUAGCAAUGUGGUAAGGGUUACUAGUCCAGUCAAUAAGAAUCCUCCAUGA